GCCUUCCACAGAAAGCACCGAUAGUAUUGAAAUGAUAAGAUUUCAUGGCAUCUACACUUUAUCUGCCAGAUCCUCCAGCACUAUGGUCCUUUCAAUCUGUGCGAUUGGACAUGAUGAUGCUACUUUUUGGCGCAUCUGUGACGAUUGGAUGGAUUCGUGGAAGUAUAGGUGUGGUGAUUUUGUGUGUUGUAAAGAGAUUCAAUAACCAAGUAGGGAGUUAUGAGAAUGAUACUAAAGCUUUCACCGAGGUUAUCCGCCAACAACACUUCCACAGUAAGGAUCCACAUGCGUGGCUUUCUCCCACAAUGCAAUCACUUCUUCACUCUAGCUACUACUUUGGGGGACUGUUGGGGUUGAUUACAGCUGCACCUCUUAUCAGAAAAUUUCGUUCAAAGCGAGUUUUGACCUUUGGUUUGUUGCUCAACUCGUUUGGCUCUGUCCUAACAACUUUGGUAGCUGCCACGUUGCCAUACCUGACAAUUCUACUUCUUCGAGCUUUGAUGGGUUUUGGAAGCGGUUUCCUCAUGCCAUGCAGCAUUUCUCUCAUCAACAAGUGGUUUCCAGCGAGCGAGAAAAACACCGCAGUUCUAACAAUUUUCAUAGGCAGUCUACUUGGUAUUUCUGGAUCAAUGCUUGUGACACCACUUAUGGAUAACCUGACUGUAGUACAUUUGCCUGGGUGGAUGCUAGCGCUGACAUCCUACGGUAUUAUGGGCACCGUACUGACGAUUGUAUGGGAGAAGCGAGCAGCUUACAAGCCAAGGCAUUCAAGUUAUGUAACCGCUACUGAAUUAGAUUAUAUACGAGGAAAGAGGCUAAAUAGACGCAUAUUCAGCAGAAACGACCUGCGUACUCCACUAAAAAAGAUCCUACUUCUGCCGAGUGUUAUAGCUAUAUUACUAAAUGGUUUUACUCUCUCAUUCGUAAAUUCGGCAGCCACAGCCUAUCUGCCGAUUUUCACCCGCCGCUAUGCGCGCAUGGAUUCUGUGUGGAAUGGAAUCACCUCUUCACUACCUUUCUUAAUACAAGCGCUUGCUAUUGUUGCAGCCUACUCCGCAGUCAACAUUGUCCAGCUUUGUGAAAUCUCUACCACAGCGGUGGUCAAAGGUUGUUCGGUGCUAGGAACGUCUAUCGCAUCUUCCUGCAUCAUUGCAUUACUUGGUAUCCAGCCUAGUCGAAUUUUCUUGACCACUGCGCUGCUGUGCAUAGGCAUGGGCUUUCUUUCAGCUACAAUAGUAGGAAGUGUUAUCAGCAUUAGGGCUGUGGCACCACAAUAUUCACAUCUGGUCUUGACCUACUUUGAUGGAUUUGCACAAUUUGCUGGCGUGUUAGCUCCAAUUGUUACUCAGAUGUUAUCCAUAAGCGAAAAAUCAAUGCCAUCACGAGCGCUGCUAUGCAUCUUAGCUGUUCUACUCGUUACAGGACUAUAUUUUGCAAUAUUUGGUCAAGGUCGUCGGGAAAUUAUCAACGAACUCUUCGCGAGAAGGCUACUCGAAGAUUCAACAUCUAGAGGAGAACACAGAGUGCAGAGCUCUUCUGGCGCUCCCACAUCUAUUGCACCUCCCGAAAUCCGAGAAGUUGACGCAGUUUUCAUCGAAGGAGAAGCGAGCAUUCCACUAAGAUAUGAUGACCUGUCCGUAGACUUCCUUGAAGAUCUUACAUCUGACGAAGAAUAUUGAUUCUAGUCGUGAUCUAUAGUGCCUUCAAUUCUGUGAAACGUUGUACGGGUUUGUUUUGUUGCUCAUGUGUCCCCUACCG